CACCAGUUUUACCCGCAAGACUUCAAGUGCGGUUCCUCUGGGCUGGGAAACUGAUUUCCGCAUCAACAUCUAAAAUCGUUGAGCUGUGCUUUUUGCAAAACGAAACAGUUUCCAACAUACAGGCGAAUCUUUUCAAGAAUACAGUGCGAAUUUGUCGAGUUUGCCCUAAUGUCCGGCAAUGAAUUAAGUUGUUACAUUCAAUCGAUUAAGUGAAUGAUUGUUCUCAUCUGAACACAUUUAAAAAAUGAGCAGCUUUGCCAUGCUCCUACCUGCAAUCGACUGAUUCGGAUCCCAGUUGCGAACAAGCGAGUUAACAAGGGAGGACUUAACUUUUGCCAAAUAAUUAGCAUUUAGAGGAACUUUAUCGUUUAGCUUUAAUUUAGAGCUAUUCAGAAGGGCUGUUGGCGGCAAAUCGAGUUUAAACGAAUAAUUUCAUUAAUCUUGCACGUUUUUCCAUAAACGAAUUUUUCGAAAACUAAACAAAUUUGAAACAACAACAAUUAUUGCAUGAAAACAGACCGAGAAUGCGCUGGCGAAAAAAGAAAGUUUUUAGCUGAUGAUGGCAAAAAUAUUGUCGAAACGUUAAGGCAAAAAAAAAGUUUAAAAAUCGAUUAUUAGUGACCGUAAUACUGGUAUAUCUAGGAUGUUAAGGCAAUGCUGGAAUUUCCCGAAAAAACCAUUGUUUUUGUUGCAUCAACAUUUCGGCUUUAUUUUAGCUAUCAUCAUCAAGUGAAAAAUGAACAGUGUUUUCUAAGAAACUCCAUCUUCGACUCGGAUGCUUUAUAAUGGCAGGCUAUAAUACGCAAACGUUUCAUUACCAAGCUGCAGUUUCUUUUAACCCCCUUUAGAUACGUCUGUGUUUUUUCCCACCAAAUCGUUUCUUCUGGGAUCAUUUCUUCUGAAAUUCUUAAUCUUGCUCUCUGCCCAAUUUAUAUGAACAGUUUUAUACCUCGUGAUUGUUCCGUUCUUGAGUAAAAAAAUAUGGAAAGAUCUUAAAACGCAAAAUUGAAAAUUCGAAGAACUUAAACAAUUAAGAUUGCGCGCUUGUGCGCAAAAGGAACAAUUGCAUGCAUAAAUGUACAAGCAAUUGCUAGCAAAUGGCUUUCAACUUGAGGAUAGCAUCUUAAUUUUGAACACCCUGUGUAUUCAAAUGUGUUAUAAAAAAUGCGCACUUUAAAAUAAUUAUAUUCCUACGGCUAUAAUUUCUAUCUUAAUUUUGAACUAUGCACUAUCUUAAUUUUGAACACCCUGUGUAUUCAAAUGUGUUAUAAAAAAUGCACACUUUAAAAUAAUAAUAUACCUACCUGUCCGAGACUUUUUCUGAAAGAAAGCUUGAUAGCCAGAAUUGCAAUCGAAUUUAUUCGUUUCUUUAUGGACACACUUGUAAUUAAUCUCUGCGGUCAUCCCGCAAAACUAUCAAUAUUCCAUAUUUGAGAACUAUGACAAAAUCUGCACUAAAUAAAGAAAAAAUCCCAACCAUUCCCGAAAUCUUUAUCACGCUCUAGCUUGCAAACUUCUGUUCGUGUGAGUUUCUUCUCAAAAAUGAUCGCCUUGUAUUGGGACAGGUUGUGAAGAAACACUCUAUACACCGAUUUCUUCAAAAGCAAAUCACAAAGUGAAUAACACACGCGAUUUGCUAGCAACGAUGCCUUAAACUGAUCUCUCUAUUGCAUUGAUUUAAACAGAUAUAGAACAGUAAUAAAUAUAGACGACCGCUUGUUGAUUCAAGAAGAUUUAGUCCAAUUAAAUAGUAAUUGAUGGAACCAGAAUUAUUCGCAUCUUAAUAUGAGUAGAAUGCGAAUUGAUGACAGAGUGCAGAAAUCCUUUGUUCUUACCAUGUGCAUUUGGUAAAGAUAUGUUAAAGAGCGCAUUGAGUAUGAAAGAAUUAGUUGUCCUUUACCCGAAGUUGAGAGGACUUAACUGUACUCCACCAGCCAUAGAUGACUUUCCUUCCGAUCAAUUCACGGAAGUCCAAAGACGAGAAGGUGGUAUUCUAGUUCACAUAUUUGUAUCGUUAUACCUAUUCGUAGCUUUAGCUGUAGUCUGUGAUAAUUAUUUUGUACCCGCAGUGGAGAAAAUCUGCCAUGCACUCAACAUGUCCGCAGAUGUUGCUGGGGCAACUUUUAUGGCGGCAGCUACUUCGGCUCCAGAACUUUUCGUUAAUGUUAUCGGAACUUUUAUCACUGAAGGUGAUAUAGGGGUGGGAACCAUCGUGGGUUCCGCCGUAUUCAAUAUUCUUGCUGUGGCAGCAUGUUGCGGCGUCAGCGCCGGAAUGUGUGGCGUCAAAGUCAUACCUUUGGAUUGGUGGCCGCUAACCAGAGAUUGCUCCGCUUACGGAAUAACCGUAUCGAUACUGAUUUGCAUAAUACAUGACGAAAGAAUUGAGUGGUACGAGGCUCUAAUCUUAGUCCUUCUGUACAUUGUUUAUAUCCUUAUUAUGUACUUUGAUAAGACCAUACAGAAAUGUGCCCGAGGCUCGAUAAAGCAAAUAAGGUUGAGAACCAAGAAGCAGCGGAAAAAUUCAGUAUCGCCAGACAAUUCUAAUUUGAAUAAUACGAAAGGGUCCAGUGAAGAAAACACCGACAAUAAUGCGCCCUUAUCAUUGGAUAUCGGCAAUGAUAAUAAUAGUCAUAUAACACUUCAAUCGCAUGUAAAUGGUUCCUUAAAACCAGACUGUGUCGAUCGCAUUGAUUCGAAAGAAGAACCUCCAAAAUUGGAGCUGAGCAGCAGAGAUACUGAUGAAGAAUUGCCGUUCUGGAAAUGGCCCAGCGAUAAAGGAAGAUUUCGUCAGAUCACAUGGAUCAUUACUUGGCCAAUUCGAUUAGUUUUUUUCCUUACAAUACCGGACUGCGAAAAACCGAAUUUGAAAAAAUGGUUUCCGAUCACUUUUCUGAUGUGCAUCAUAUGGAUUGGUUCGCUUUCUUAUAUCGUUGCAUGGAUGAUCACAAUUAUAGGUGAUACGCUGCGAAUACCCGAUUCAGUAAUGGGUAUCACUUUCUUAGCAGCUGGCACGAGUGUUCCUGAAGCUGUCUCCAGCGUAAUCGUUACCAGACAAGGACAUGGUUCAAUGGGCAUAAGCAACUCAAUAGGAUCCAACACCUUUGAUAUCCUGUUGUGCUUAGGUCUGCCUUGGUUUAUCAAAGCUACUUUCAUGCCAACUAUUCCAGGAAAACAUUGGGUGGGAAUAAAUUCAGCUGGCAUUGAAUAUAGCGCCAUUUCCCUACUCUCCUCCCUACUGAUGCUCUAUGUGGUUUUUGCCCUCAACAAGUUCAGGCUGGACAAACGCGUUGGACUGAUUUGUCUUCUUAUGUAUGCAGUGUUUCUGAUUCUGGCCAGCUUAAUCGAGCUGAAUGCCUUCUUCAGGGUUAACUUGCCAACGUGUGGCCGAUGAAAUUGUUAACUUUGUUUAAAGUGAACGGGAGCGUGUGAGUUUAACUGAUUUUUUGUUGUUUUUGAAAUUUAAAGACAUUUUUUCCAUCAAGUAUGAUGACUCGAAAUAUUAACCCAUUUAUUAGAUUAUUGUAGCGUUUUGUAAAUAACGUAGAAAUAUUUUAGGUAAUUUCGUAGAGCAAAUUGAGGUCGAACGUCCCACGGGAUUGUAUUUCACUUUUUUUUGGGCAAUUCCUGCAUAAAUGUUUAAGUACCUACUAACCCAAAAAAAUCAUAGGAAAAGGACAGGCUUUAACAGACCAACAAUUGCAAAUGCUCUAGUUAUGUUAGGUGGUGCUACCUAACAUAACUAGAACCUCGAAUGGAUUAUUAUAGUGUAGAUUAAAUAAUAAUUUUACUUAAUUAUAUGUUGUAGCUGAUAGUAUUAACAUUUGCCCCCCUGAACACACAAAAGUCUUCUUGAAGGCAUGAUUUAUUCCUUUUCUGCAUGUAUUCAGUAGAAUACUUUUUACAGCAUUUAACAGAUUGUACAUAGUAUAACAUAGGCUGGUAUUUAUUUUGUCCGCUUUACGCUACAAAAUAUGUGUUACUCUUUUAGUAUUGGAAUAUAUUUUUUAUCGUAUAAA